AUGUUUCAUGAAAGAAUAGAUUGGUAUAACGAUGCAUUCAAAACUAAUUGGUAUCAAAACCUAAAUGAUGAUGAUGAUGAUGAUGAUGAUGAUGAUGAUGAUGAUGAUGAUGAUGAUGAUGAUGAUGAUGAUGAUGAUGAUGAUGAUGAUGAUGAUGAUGAUGAUGAUGAUGAUGAUGAUGAUGAUGAUGAUGAUGAUGAUGAUGAUGAUGAUGAUGAUGAUGAUGAUGAUGAUGAUGAUGAUGAUGAUGAUGAUGAUGAUGAUGAUGAUGAUGAUGAUGAUGAUGAUGAUGAUGAUGAUGAUGAUGAUGAUGAUGAUGAUGAUGAUGAUGAUGAUGAUGAUGAUGAUGAUGAUGAUGAUGAUGAUGAUGAUGAUGAUGAUGAUGAUGAUGAUGAUGAUGAUGAUGAUGAUGAUGAUGAUGAUGAUGAUGAUGAUGAUGAUGAUGAUGAUGAUGAUGAUGAUGAUGAUGAUGAUGAUGAUGAUGAUGAUGAUGAUGAUGAUGAUGAUGAUGAUGAUGAUGAUGAUGAUGAUGAUGAUGAUGAUGAUGAUGAUGAUGAUGAUGAUGAUGAUGAUGAUGAUGAUGAUGAUGAUGAUGAUGAUGAUGAUGAUGAUGAUGAUGAUGAUGAUGAUGAUGAUGAUGAUGAUGAUGAUGAUGAUGAUGAUGAUGAUGAUGAUGAUGAUGAUGAUGAUGAUGAUGAUGAUGAUGAUGAUGAUGAUGAUGAUGAUGAUGAUGAUGAUGAUGAUGAUGAUGAUGAUGAUGAUGAUGAUGAUGAUGAUGAUGAUGAUGAUGAUGAUGAUGAUGAUGAUGAUGAUGAUGAUGAUGAUGAUGAUGAUGAUGAUGAUGAUGAUGAUGAUGAUGAUGAUGAUGAUGAUGAUGAUGAUGAUGAUGAUGAUGAUGAUGAUGAUGAUGAUGAUGAUGAUGAUGAUGAUGAUGAUGAUGAUGAUGAUGAUGAUGAUGAUGAUGAUGAUGAUGAUGAUGGUUUCGAUAAUUAUUCUUUCUCUGAAGAGGAUAUUUCAAAACUUUUAGAGAGACUAUAA